AGCUAUUCCUCGUUCCCAACGCAUUUCAAAGAGUCAGCCCCGACAGAGAGACUGUCCGCGCAGUUUUACUCGACUGCGACACAAGGGCAGACAGCGCCGAGUUUUGCACAGUGUCGGAGUAGUUCCGUUUGGGUAAGCUCAGCGUCGCCAGAAACUGAAAGUUAUGUGGAUCUAAGCGAAGGCUUUAAAAAUGAACCCUCAUUGCGCACGCUGUGGGAAAAUAGUCUACGCAACAGAGAAAGUGACCUGCCUGGAUAAGUACUGGCACAAAGGAUGCUUCCAUUGCGAGGUUUGCAAAAUGACGCUCAACAUGAACAGCUACAAGGGAUAUGAGAAGAAACCUUACUGCAAUUCGCACUACCCCAAACAGACGUUUACGAGCGUGGCUGACACCCCGGAGAACCUGCGUUUGAGACAGCAGAGCGAGCUGCAGAGUCAGGUGAAGUAUAAGAAGGACUUUGAGGAGAGCAAAGGGCGAGGCCUCAGGUUCACUGUGGACACACCCGAGCUGCAGAGGCUGAAGAAAGCCCAGGAUCAGAUUAGCAACGCCAAGUAUCAUAAGGAUUUUGAGAUGCCAGGUUUGCAUGGGGUCACCCAGGACAUGCGAGGGGCAUAUCUGGUGCAGGCACAGGCCAGACCCAACUAUCAGUCCAUGGAGAGCAGCAGGGCACACAAGGAGGCGCACCAGUACAUCAUGGAGAUGGAUCGGAGGCCGGGUGUCAUUGUGGCGCCGGUGCUUCCAGGGGCAUACUACCCCAGUGGGUCCAGUCAGACACACAGCUACAUGCACCAGGCCAGCAUGCACUCACUGAGGUCCAUGCAGCUGCAGUCACACCCAGCCACACUGAGCAUCUACAGGGCCCUGUACGACUACACGGCCCAGGACCGCGACGAGGUCUCGUUCCGCGACGGCGACGUCAUCCACAACGUGCAGCCCAUCGACGAGGGCUGGAUGUACGGCACGGUGCAGCGGACCGGACGCUCAGGCAUGCUCCCUGCCAAUUACGUGGAGGGCAUUCAGUAAGCUCCACCCCAUGCCCUGCCCCUGGCCCCAGCGGCUCCGCUGUCUCACCUCUAACAGAGCAUCAAAUUAAACCUCUUCACUGCGAUCAGCACCUUGUAAAUGGAGAGUGCUCUCUAUUUUGGUAGUAAAAACUGUCCGUCUUUAUACUGGUGGUCUCAUACUUAUCCAAUAGCACAUUAUAGCAAAUCCUUAGUGAACGCAUGGCACGUCAUCAUACAGUAUUGAACCUACAUGGUGAUCUUAAUUUAAUAUAAAAUAAAUUGUAAAUACAAGUCUCACACAUUGGGAAGUAGAUAACUAAAGGCACUUUAUGUUACUGAAGUUACAUUCUGGAAAUCCCACAUUUAUUACAUUAGUUUUUUGUUUUUUUGGGUUUUUUUUUUUUUGCAAUCUGAAAAUGAGUCUUGUCUCACUGCCCAGAAAGAUGUAAAAUGUUUCAAAAUAAAAAAAGUGUUUGUAGCAUGUGUUGGUAGCGUUUGAUAAAAUGUGGUAACAGAGUACUUUCAAAUGAGUAUUUACAGUAUUAAAGCAUAUUGCUGUUCUA